AAUAGGGCAUGACAGGCCGGCGUCUCUCGUUCAGGUUUCCGGGCAACUCUACCGCAAACGACGCACUGUCUCAACGGAUUCAAAGCUGUAUAGGCGAAUAAAGCUUGAAUUUGACUCGAGUACUCCCGGGAGAGUGCGCGUCGUUGAGGUAUUUUACAUCUCAAAGCUACAACUUGACGGUUUUUUCCCCCUUCUUCAUCUUCGCGGAGCUUGAAAAGUCAAAAUGGCAGACCAGCUGACCGAGGAACAGAUCGCAGAGUUCAAGGAGGCCUUCUCACUGUUUGAUAAGGACGGCGACGGAACCAUCACCACCAAGGAGCUCGGCACUGUCAUGCGCUCCCUUGGCCAGAACCCCACUGAGGCUGAGCUGCAGGACAUGAUCAAUGAGGUCGAUGCGGACGGUAACGGUACAAUUGAUUUCCCGGAGUUUCUGACGAUGAUGGCGAGGAAGAUGAAGGACACAGACAGCGAGGAGGAGAUCAGAGAAGCAUUCAGAGUCUUUGACAAGGAUGGCAAUGGCUACAUUAGUGCAGCAGAGCUACGGCACGUCAUGACCAACUUGGGGGAGAAGCUCACUGAUGAGGAGGUGGACGAAAUGAUCCGCGAGGCUGACAUUGACGGCGAUGGUCAGGUCAACUAUGAGGAAUUUGUGCAGAUGAUGACUGCCAAGUGAAGAGGAUGAGUGUUCUCUUUUAACGUUGCUUGUCCUCUGAAGAUCAAUGUCUUUAAGAACAAAAAGGAACAAUUACAAUUAUCAGCUGACGACCCCCCAUCCCCCUUUUUACCUCCUUCUUAACAAAACCAAACCAGGCAUUUCAUGUAGAAUUUGGCCAUCUCUGCUUAAUACAUCCCGGUACUUUGGAGGUAUCUGUUAAGCAUACGCCUACAGACUAAUCCCUGAAGAAGUUAAUGGACCAAGCUUUAAAAGGGCCAACGGCCUUUUACUUCCGACCAAGAUUUCUGCCGAGUCACUCAGCUCAUGAAUAAUUUAGACGAAAGAGCAGUGCUGCCACUGCAAGUGGGGGUUGGAGGGUGGGAUAGGAACCGAUGCCACGAUCACUUUAGAGGAGUCGGUUAUUUAAAAUCUUUCCGCUUCUGCAAAGAACCUCGCCUAUCUACUAGAACCCGUGGUGAUUCCCUCAAAACCGAUUUGACAACUCUUCUUGCAUGCAGCCAUUCUGUGGUGGUCUCCUGUCUCGACAAGGUGGUUCUGAUCCCGUCAGAGGUAGUGGUCAGAUAUUGUACACAGUGGAGGUAUAUACUUUCAUAUAUAGCUAUAUAUCUGUCUAAAAAAAUAUGUCUCACUAUUGGUUAUUUCAAGAGCAACUAGUUGCAGUCUGCGGUGUUCAUUGGUGCUUGGUUGGAAAUGAGCAUUUCAAAAGUUUGGCUAAGAACAAGAGACUAUUUGAUCCCCAGCGGGGUAUUCUUUGUUGUUUGAAGCGGAUGGCUUUAUAUGUUGCUGCAGAAACCGAGCGGCGACGCUAGUGUGACGUGUUGCUUGAGGCUGAUAGUUGUGAAGGCGCUCCGGAGGACUGCUGUUAAUACAUUUGUUAUGCAAACGGAUAUACAGACAAAACAAUAUUGAUGUAAUGCUUUCUACAUGUGUUCUCAAAUAUGAUGUAUUGAUGACAAACUUUGGUCACAAAAUAUCAAUCUAUAUAUACGGUAUAUUGGUGUGUCGUAAAGUUUGCAUUGCCUGUUAUUGUUGUUGUUGGUGUUGUAGUAAAUGGCCCGUGCUCUGUUUUCUCUUUGGUUUUCAAAUGUGCCAUAAUGCUUCCCAAAUGCCUCGCAAGAUUUUAAGAAAAUCAUAGACGUCUAUGGAAAUCUGACAAGUAGACGGAACCGUUUGCACUUGGUAUUAAUCAUGUAGAUAUUGCAAAAAGAAAAUGAAAUUUGACUGGUGCGAUGACAACUCGCAUUUCCCUCCUUUCUCACCAUUGUGGGCGCUUCCUUCUUGAGUUUGUAGUCCAGUGAUUUCACCUCCAACCUGCUUGCUUGUUUUACUCAACAUAAUACAUAUACUGUACUGUAUACAAAUACCUAAUGUAGUCGGCCUGUUCUAAUAAAACAUGAGAAGGAGUUGUAGCAAUUAAUUGGACUGGUUUCAGCGUUUAUAAGAGUUGCGGUGAGUCAUCCUUGGAGGGGAUUGAAACUUGAUCCCAAUCCGAGGCAUUUCAGUCAUCGAUGUUUGAUUUUGAUUUGAGGAAGUAAACGGUAAUGGACUGUUAGCUUUUGAUGGUGUCUCAAAAGAUGUAAAGAUGUGAUAUAUUUUCCAAAAAUCAAUAAACUGAAUGAGCUUUACUUCACCUGA